CGUUCGGAUUACCUUUUGGCAACCCAAAACUCACAACUCGGCAUGUCUUCAUCAACUACCAAACAGCCGAAACAUAGGGUAUCGAUUCCCGCCAAAUCUGCCUUGAAAAGCGGCCCCUCGAAGAGCCAGAGCAAGCGACCCGCAGGAGACGAAGAUGACGAACCAGUGAUCAUCAAGAAGCGAACAGCACCGUCUUCGAAAAAGGCCUCAAGGAACAACGAGAAGGACGAUGAGGAGGAAGGUCUGAGUGAUCUGUCGGACGGAGCCGACGGAGAGGACGAGUUCGAUGUUAACGGGAUGGAGGUGGACGAGGAAGAGGGCAGUAGUGAUGAGGAGGGUGAUAUCAGUACGGACGAGGAGAUCGAGGGCAUGAAGGCGGACCGCAAGAAGUCGAAGAAGAACACCAAAAAGCGAAAGGCAGCUACCACCUCGGAUGUCUUCGCUUCGACGCUGACAUCGCUGUUGGAGGAGCCCGCCACUAAACGACCCAAGACGGAUUCAUCAGCCCCUCCCAAACCUGUCAAGACUGAAGUCAAUCCGAUCCUCGCUCUCUCCGCCGCCUCUGCACUCCCCCCAACGACCAAGCAGAUCAAAAUCGAACGACUAGCCAAACGACAACUCAAGCAGGAAAAGAUCGAGCGGAAAGAUCGAGCGCGGGUCAAGGAUGUCUUGGAAGGGUGGGGACCGAGGGCGAUCGUCGUAGUAAAUCACGACAAGAAGGCAGAAGUCAAGGACGAGGGCAAAAAGGCGGGUCAAAAGGGCAAGGGGAAAGGGAAGGGCAAUAACAGUCUGGUGCAAGAAGGUGUCGAGGUGAUGGCUCCCGGUGGCCAGGAAUGGGAGCGAGGUCUCCGAAAGGUUGCUCAACGAGGAGUUAUCAAGCUGUUCAACGCCAUCGUCGUCGCCUCAAGUAACCACACAGCACCCCUGGCCAAGGACAAGAUUGACGCGGCGCACAACGACAAGAAGUCGAAGAAGUCCGACAAGGACAACAUCCUGGGACGUGGAGGCAAGAAGGACGAUGUCUUGACCAAGGAAGGGUUCUUGGGCAUGCUGAAGAACGCAUGACCUUACGGAUUAGAGCCACUCGGAGUCAUCUUGUAUAGUGAGACUUGGAUGAUGUUGUGACACUAUCGAUUAGCCACGUUGAAUCGGAUUAUCCGAGUUCGUUCAGUCAGUAAGCCCACUGGCUGCGAAGAACGACGACAUGUUACCGCGGCGUCAAUAGGGGAAGAUGGGGCGCGGGAUCGGAGGAUUGGUCCGGCUGAAUUCAUCGAAGACUGUCGUAAUAUCGAUACAAAUGCGUGU